CCUAUCUCUCUCUCUCUCUCUCUCUCUCGAUUCCCAAUCAGUUCCUGCGUGCCUGUGUGUUUUCACUUGGGCGCCGCAGCAGCUCCUCAAAGAAACCCUAACCCUAACCCCCAAAUCCCUCUAUCCGCGACGCCCUGCUCCCCUCCUAUAAUGGCGAAAAAGAGAAAGCUCAGCUCCACCGAGCCCUCCGAACCCUCCAAGAAGCAACAACAGGUCGUUGAGGAACCCAAACCCCAAAUUGAACCAGCACAGGAAGUAGUCGAAGAGGAAGAAGAAGAAGUCGAAGAAGAGGAGGUGGAGGAGGAAGAGCCGGAAGAAGAGAAGGAAGAUGAAGGAGCCGAUGAAGAGGAAGAGGAAGAAGAGGAGGACGAAGAGGAGCCGGGCGCUGAGUAUAAGGAAACCUAUAACGUAACCACGACCUCCAUCUCAGCGGCUUCGGAUCAGGCCGGUGCCGGUAACGACGAGGACGAGCCGAUCCAGAAUCUUCUAGAACCAUUCACCAAGGAACAGCUUAUGGCCCUGCUCCGCGAAGCUGCCGAUAAUCAUGGCGACGUGGCGGAUCGGAUCCGGAAGGUUGCGGAUGAGGACCCAAUCCACCGCAAGAUCUUCGUCCACGGUCUCGGAUGGGAUACCAACGCCGAAACCCUAACUGGCGUAUUUAGGGAAUACGGUGAGAUUGAGGAUUGCAAGGCUGUUUGCGAUAAGGUCUCUGGUAAGUCCAAGGGUUACGGUUUCAUUCUCUUCAAGACUCGUUCUGGGGCCCGAAAAGCCCUACAGCAGCCCCAGAAGAGGAUCGGUAAUCGGAUGACUGCAUGCCAGCUGGCGGCAAUUGGCCCUGGCCCGGCUCCUAAUGCCGCUGCUGGACCUGUGGUGGCCCAGGCGGCUCAGUCCCAGCCAAUGUCUGAGUACACUCAGAGGAAGAUCUAUGUGAGCAAUGUUGGGGCGGACUUGGAUAUCCAGAAGCUGCUUAUGUUCUUUUCUAGGUUUGGAGAAGUUGAGGACGGGCCACUAGGGCUCGAUAAGCUAACGGGGAGGCCUAAGGGGUUUUGCUUGUUUGUGUACAAGUCGGCAGAGAGUGCGAAGAGGGCUCUGGAAGAGCCACACAAGAAUUUUGAGGGCCAUAUUUUGCAUUGCCAGAAGGCUAUUGACGGUCCAAAGCCGGGCAAGUCUCAGCACCAGCACCAGAACCAGCACCACCACAAGUCACAUAAUUCCAAGUUUCAGAGGAAUGAGAAUCCAGGUUAUGCAGGUGGAGCUGCAUCAGGAAUGGGGCAUUUGAUGGCGCCUGCGAGUGGAGGGAUUGGAUUUAAUCAGGGGGCUCCUGCAGCCCAGGCGUUUAACCCGGCAAUUGGGCAGGCACUGACUGCUUUGCUUGCAACACAGGGAGCUGGCUUGGGGUUGACAAACCUUUUGGGGACGUUUGGAUCUGCUCCAAAUGUGAACCCAGGUGUUCCUGGUGCAGGACAUGUGAUACAGGGUGGAUAUGGGAAUCAGGCAAGUAUUAGUCCUGGGAUGAUGGGAAGCUAUGGAAAUCAAGGUGCAAUGCAAGGUGGCUACCCUAACCCGCAGUUAGGGCAAGGUGGUUCAGGAAGAGGGCAGCAUGGCGUUGGGCAAUCUGGUGGCGCUCCGUACAUGGGGCAUUAGGUGCCCAUGAGAUCCCACAUAGGUGCAUCAGUCUUUUUGUACUGGUCUGCUGAUUCUUCUGAAGUUUAAAAGGAGCUGAUGGUUACUACAAAGAGCAGAAUCUUAAAACUAUCAAAUUAUAUUUCUGUUUUUUCUCUCCUUUUCUGUUUUCGCGUUCUUCAAAGUGCUGUAGCUUUUAAUUUGACUUGUUUGAUCAAGAGUUUGAGAAAUUACUUAUAAAUCUAUCUGUAUUUUAUGGAGUCAGCGGGGUUGGACAAAAUUACUUUUUUAAUUUCCCAAAUCCUACGGAUUAAAUGAACUUGAUAAUGUAGUAAUUUUUUUAACUGCUCA